UUCAUGGUUUGUCCUGAACAAAUAGACAUCAUGUGCUGCUAAUCACAACACAUUCAAAUUGCCCAAGCAAAUAAAUCUGUUUCCAUCUUCAAAAAGACUUUCCCGGUUGAGUUGAGUCGUUAGUCUUCGUUUGUUUAUAAAAUGUGCCGCAGGUUAGUCCUGGUGUGUUUCAUGCUGCUAUGGUCGAACAAUGCGAAAGCUUCGCAAAAUUUAACCGCGCUACGGGGAGCGGACUACCCUCCGAUGUAUUUAGUGAGCCUGGUGAAGGCCGCGCUGGACAAAUGCCACGAGCAGAUCCACAUUGAUGAUGCGGUGAUUCAACAGUUCAGGGACGACGGAGAUUUCGAAGGAACCGAACAGCUGGGGUGUUACUUGCAUUGUGUAUUUCGCGAGAAAGGCUACUGGAUUCCCGAGAAAAGGGAAAUCGAUAUCAUGAAGAUAUUGGACAUCGUUCCGAAGGAUUUCGAGCAAGCUGCUCUGAAAAUGGGUCUGAGGUGCAUGAAGGUGAAAGGUGACGAUGACUGUGCCAGGUCGUUGUGGUAUCACUCCUGCUGGAAGAAGAAUGAUCCUGCGCAUUAUUACUUAAUUUAGUUGACGACAGAUCAACACAUGGGACAGCAGUUUUUAUGCUGGAAUGUUAAAAGCUGUUAACUCAUGAAGUUAGAGCCCAAUAAAUACAUUUGAUGGAAACAAUAUCAG